AUGCCUCACAGGUUGGCCGCAUCAGAAUCACGGGCAGCCGAGAUGGAGGCUACAAGCUGCGCGGUGCUGCGGCUCUGUCAGGAGCUCUCGGCAGCUUUGGAGCUUCAAAAUGUGGAGUUUCAACGCUACGUGGAUGCGAUGAGAAGACAGACAGGACCUUUCCUCGAGCAGGCCGCUUUCGUCGAGGCUGAGCUGGGGGCGCUUGCUUCCAUCGCCCCUCAGCAAGGUGAGGGCGAAGCCGCCCGGCUGCUGGAGGAGCUCCAAAGCGAGCGACGCCAGCGAACACAAAAGGAAUCGGAGCUGGGUGAAGUCCGGCUUCAACUCGCCAGGACCGUCACCGACUUGCAAGACGCCGAAUCGAGGGCAAACGAGCUGUCUGCGAAGCUGACCCACUCUGAAAUGGAGCAGAACCAAGACCCUGGCGCUCUCGAGGAUGAGCCAGUGCGGGGAGACUCGUCGCCCAAGGCUGAGGCUUCCAUGGGCCAGCGGGACCCAGCGAGUCCUCUUCGGCAGGAUCAGUUGAUUGAGGAGAAGAGGUCCCGCGCACAGCAGAGAAAACAACGGCGUAUGGAAGAAGCCACGUUGCCACAAGGGCGCGCGGCAGCCUCCGCCAUCAGCUCUCUCUCCAAAGGCAUGGUUGUCAGCAAGCUCUGCGCUGGGACUUCGCAGUGGCAGCCGAGACUCAUGCAGCUUUCGCCAGCGCCACCUAAGGGCCCGCAGAAGCUGAUGUGGUCGAAAGACCUAGGUCGCAGGGUCUUUGGCCGCCGGCUCACAAGCCUUGACUUGAAGGAGGUGACCAAUGUUGGUUUGGGUGCGGACUCCCUGCCCGACAAACUGCGACACAAGGAAGCUGGCUGGCGCUGUUUCUCACUCUGGACUGCCCAGCGAUCCUUCUUCUUCAAGGCCGGGAGCGACAAGGAUGCGGAGCACGCGGUCCUUGCCCUCUCCCGCUUGUGCCCUGCCACUCAGCCCCUACCUCUACGCUCUGUGAUCCUACAUCGCGCCGUUGGAAAGCUGGGGCCAGACCCGGCCGCGCGAGCUGCAACGUUGCUGCAGGCUCUAAGGCAAGCAGGGCGCGUCAAGGAAGAGUUUGUCGAGGAGCAGCAAGAGGAGCCGUCGGAAGGGGAGGAGAGCAGCUCUGCAAGUGCUGACGACAUCGAGGAGACUGACAAGCCAGGGCUUGCUGAGGCUCUUUCGCGCAAUGAAGUGCAGCUUGUUGCUGGCAGCUGUGGUCUCGGCCGUGUUGGCGCCGGAGCCUUGUGCCGGUUGUUGUUCGCAUCAGAGGAUGCUUGCACGCCAGAAACACGGCCCAUACUGAGGUCUGAUGUCACACCUGUCCAGAAAGUCGUUCAGAUGCUCGAAAACAUGAAAGAGAAGGGGGUGAAAGAGAUGGAGGCGGAGCAGGUUCAGUACACGGAGUUCUCGCAGUUCUGUGAGAUGACCCUGGCCGAGAAGAAAAAAUCCAUCGAUGACGCCAGCGACAAGCUGGAGACCCUGGAAGCUGACAUCGAGUCGGCAGCAGCCGAUGCAGAUCGUCUCAGCACUGAGAUAGCCGGCCACGUGGCCGACAUCGAGACCACCAGCGGCGAGAAGAGCAAUGCCACUGCCAUCCGUGAGAAGGAGCGCACGGACUUUCGGGCGGCCCUGAAGGACUACACGGAAUCCAUCGAUGCCAUUCGCAGGGCCGUGAAGGGCUUGAAGGCGGAGGAUCAGAAGACGGCUCUCGUCCAGCUCUCUCGCGCCCGGAGCAUGAAGCUGCUCCCCAGCGCUGCUGCCGACAGCAUUGACGAGUACCUGAGCCACCAUGGCCCCGAUGGCGCCAAGUCCAGCUUGGUGAUGCAGCAGGUCAAGGCUGGCACUUCGGCAGCCGAAGAGCCCAAGACUUAUGAAUUCCAGUCUGGCGGCGUGAUCAGCAUGCUUGAGAGCCUGGAAGAGAAGUUCGUGGAUGAGCGUGUGAGCCUCGAAAAGGAGGAGGCGACGAAGCGACAUGCUUUCGAGAAGCUUUCGCAGAGCUUGGAAGCCAAGUUGACUCAGUCCAAGAAGGAGCAGGAAGACAAGACACAGUUCAAGGCCAAAAGGAUGCAGAACAAAGCUAGCUCAGAAGGAGACCUUGAAGAGACCAAGACUGCGAAGGCAUCGGAUGUGAAGUACUCCGCAGACCUGCAGGCUACCUGCGACAAGAAGUCCAAGGCCUACAAGGAGCGUCAGCAGCUCCGUCAGGAAGAGAUCGAUGCCAUCGGCAAGGCCAAGGAGAUCAUCGCCAGUGGCGCUGUUGCGGGAAGCGCCGAAAAGCACUUGCCGAGCCUGGUGCAGGCGGUGCAGGCGGCACAGUCGACUGCCUUGGCCUUCCUUCGGUCGGAGCACCACUCCCCGAAGCAGGAGCAGGUGGCCAAGUUCUUGCAGCGCCGCGCCUCGCAGCUCAACAGCCGUGUCUUGUCCUCGGUUGCCUCCCGUGUGGGUGCGGACCCUAUCGCGAAGGUGAGGACCAUGAUCGAGGACUUGCUGGCCAAGCUGCAGAGCCAGGCAAACGAAGAGGCCACGAAGAAGGGCUGGUGCGAUGCAGAGAUGGCUAGCAACAAAGCCACCCGAGAGGAGAAGUCCGAUGCCAGCGAUGCACUGCAGUCUGAGAUCGAUGAGACCUCCGCCUCGAUUGCUGGUUUGGCGGAAGAGCUGACAACCUUAGAUGCGGAGCUCGCAGAGCUCAGCGGUGCCAUGCAAAGCGCCACGGAGCUCCGAAAGAGUGAGGAAGCGAAGAACGUAGCGACCAUCAAGGACGCCAAGGAGGCUCAGACGGCGGUCGCGGAGGCCCUCACUGUUCUGAAGGACUUCUAUGCCAAAGCCGGUGAGGCAACUUCUUUGGUCGAGACGUCUUCUGUCAUGGACGCCUCCAAGCCCGAGGUCUUCAGCGAUGAGCCUUACAAGGGCAUGGGCGCUGAGGGUGGCGGUGUAAUGUCCAUGCUCGAGGUUAUCGAGGCUGAUUUCUCUCGCCUCCAGGCUGAGACAGAGUCCGCCGAAGAGGCCGGCAAGAAGGAGUACGAAGAGUUUAUGGAGGAUUCCAAGCUGGACAAGGCAACAAAGACAAAGACCAAAGAGCACAAGUCCAGCAAAAAGCAGGCCAAGAGCCAAGAGCUCACGAUGCUCCAAGCGGACCUCCAGGGAACUCAGAAGGAGCUGAAUGCUGCCAAGGACUACUUCGAGAAGCUGAAGCCCGAUUGCAUCGACACCGGUGCCUCUUAUGCCGAGCGCAAAGCACAAAGGGAGCAAGAGCUUAAGGACUUGCAGGAGGCCAUGGACAUGCUCACCAGCGUCUGA